AUGGAUGCCGCGUUGCAAAAGGCGCUGCUCAACAGCGUCUACGACAAGCGAAAGGCGGCCACCCUGGACCUGGAACGGCAAGUGCGCGACUGCCUGGCUAGAGGAGAUCGCGCUCGCGUCAACCUCAUCGUACAGCAGCUCUGCUCGCUCCUCACGGCGUCGCCGCAGAAUGUCAACGCGCGCAACGGCGGUCUCAUCGGGCUGGCCGGCAUCGGCAUCGCCCUCGGCGUAGAGAUUGCGCCGUACCUCGAGCAGAUUGCCAAGCCCGUGCUCGAGUGCUUUGCCGACCCAGACAGCAAGAUCCGGUACUUUGCCUGCGAGAGCUUCUACAACAUCGCCAAGGUGUGCAAGGGCGAGAUCCUCGUCUACUUCAACGAGAUCUUCGACUCGCUUUCCAAGCUCGCCGCUGACUCGGAGCUCUCGGUCAAGAACGGGGCCGAGCUGCUCGACCGGCUUCUCAAGGACGUCGUCUGCGAGGCCGCGCCACACUACGCCUCCCAGUAUCAGGACAUCGCCCUCAUCCGCUCUCGACAGGAUGCGGCCAGCGGCAUAAGCGGAGGCACGGCCCAGCUCGACGUCGCCAGGGAAAAGGCGCACGGCCUCAUCGCAGACGCCGAGGGGACGGCCGCCAACAAGGUCUUUUCCCUGGCCAGGUUCGUGCCGCUGCUGGCGGACCGUAUAUACGUCCUCAGCCCCUUUACGCGCAACUACCUCGUCAGCUGGAUCACCGUACUCGACUCGGUGCCCGACCUCGAGCUGGUUAGCUACCUCCCCGCCUUUCUCGACGGUCUCCUCAAGUACCUGAGCGACCCUAACACGGAUGUCCGCGUAGCCACAGCCAACGUCCUCGCCGACUUCCUCCGCGAGAUCCGCGAAGCGGCAGAGGUCAAUGCACUGCGCGCCGAGGCGGAGAAGAGACGGGCGGAAAGAGCGGCAAAGACGAGGCGGCAGGCUGAGGAGCGCAAGGCCACGGCGUCCGCAGACACGGGCACGACCAGCGCCUCGCAGGCGCCGGAUCAGGACGCGCCGCAGGGGCAGCAGACCGAGGCCGUGGCUACAAGCGGGGACGGUCUAGGGACAGAGGCCGCCGGCGCCUGCGGGGAGGGCGAGGGCAGCGUGAUCGACAAGGACGACGACGAGCUCGAAGAGGAAGACAUCUGGGUCCACGGCCACGAGAUCCGCAUCGACUACGCCGCCAUCAUGGACAUCCUGAUCAACCACAUCAGCUAUCCCGACGAAGAGAUCCAGGCGACCACGCUCCAGUGGAUUGCCGAGCUGCUUCUUGUCGUCAAGGACGUCGUCGUGCCCUUCACGCCCCGAUUGAUCCCAGCCAUCCUGCCGAGCCUGGCUCACCACAGCCCGGCCAUCGCGGCUGCCGCCAACGCCACCAACGCCAACCUCGUCAGUGUCAUCCAGCAGCUUCCUGCUCCUCCCGUUCCCCCGCCGCAGAUCGUGCGGCCGCCGAGCUCCAACUCCGGCGAUGUCCGCGAGCGGAUCGGAAAGGAUCGCGCGGCCAACAGCAGCCCGACGACGACGACCGCCGGGAAAGCUGCCGACAAGUCAAUCGUCCCCAGCGCCUCGACGCCGGCCAGCCACACCGACACGGUAGCGCGGAGGCAGGCGCCUUCGUCGCAAGGUGCCGCCGGGCCAUCGAACCUGCGGGACGCCUUUUCACCGCCAAUCUCGCCGCGCAGCCGAGCCGCAACGCUGUCCUCGGAGCACGACAGCAUCGCGGCCAGCCUUGCCAACGCGCGGAUCGAAGAAGGCGCUGGCACGGCCACUCAGCUCGAAGCGCCAGCCUCCAAGUCGCGGUCGCGAUCGCCGACCGUGGUGGACCGCGAUCCCUUCGACUACCAGACCACGGUCAAUGCACUGACGCUCCAGCUGCUCGACGAGCACGAAGAGACGCGAGUGACGGCACUCGAGUGGCUGCUGAUGCUCCAUCAGAAAUGCCCGCGCAAGAUCCUCUCGAUGGAUGACGGCACCUUUCCCGCGCUGCUCAAGACCCUGUCCGACCCGAGCGACGAGGUCAUCCGCUGCGAUCUGCGCCUUCUCGCCCAGAUCAGCUCGGCAUCCGAGGACUCGUACUUCCACGCCUUUAUGGCCAACCUGCUCAGCCUGUUCAGCACCGACCGUCGGCUGCUCGAGACCCGCGGCAGCCUCAUCAUCCGCCAGCUCUGCGCCUCGCUGCACACCGAGAGGAUCUUCCGCACGCUCGCCGAGAUCCUCGAAAAGGACGAGGACCUCGAGUUUGCCAGCAUCAUGGUCCAGAACCUCAACGUCAUCCUCAUCACCUCGCCCGAGCUGGCCGACUUCCGCAAGCGCCUGCGCAACCUCGACUCGAGGGACGGCCAGACGCUGUUUGCCAGCAUCUACCGCAGCUGGUGCCACAACGCCGUCGCCGCCUUCAGCCUCUGCCUGCUGGCCCAGGCCUACGAGCACGCCAGCAAUCUUCUCGGCAUCUUUGCCGAGCAGCUCGAGAUCACCGUCAGCCUGCUGAUCCAGAUUGACAAGCUGGUCCAGCUACUCGAGUCGCCCAUCUUUACCGCGCUGCGUCUUCAGCUGCUCGAGCCCGAAAAGCACCCGUAUCUGUUCAAGUGCCUGUACGGCCUGCUGAUGCUGCUGCCGCAGAGCUCGGCCUUUGUCACGCUCCGCAACCGGCUCAACGCCGUCAACGGCCUCGGCUUCCUGCACUCGGUGCCCCGAUCGAGCUACGCCCAGACGAUCCGCGGGCCGGGCAAGACAGCAUCACGGGACGAGAUCAAGUGGGCAGAGCUCCUCACCCACUUCAAGGUCACGCAGGCCCGGCACGAGCGCGCUCGACGGGCCGGCCUUGCAGGCGCCGGCGGUGGCGGCAUCGGAGACAGCAACACCCACAUGAUUGGCCAAUUAAACUCGGCGCUGUCCUCGGCAGGCGGCGGGGGCGGUGGCGCAGCCCCACUCCGCACGGGUGGCGGUACCGUGGGCGGGCGCAGGCGUGCGAGUCAGACCGUCCAAGGGUCCCUCAGCGGCGGGUCGUCGGCCAACGGCGGUGCCAGGUCUGGCUCGACGGCCGGCCCCAGCCCGUUCAACCCGGUAGGCCCGGGUGCAAGGAGCGCGGUCGCUGGGCGCUACCCGGGUAGCGGAGACGCUACCGCCAGUGGGAGCGGGGUGCCGGCGUCGACGUCGUCGCCAUCGUUCUUCGGCAUGCACCUAUCGGGCAGUGCUGGCAACGCAGGCAAUGCACGCUCCACGAGCCCUUCGAGCACGAGGCGGGCCGUCGGUGGACCGGGCGCCUCGUCGCUAGGCGGCGCGCGAACCGUCAGCCGGGGCUCCGGAUAUCGGUGA